CUUGCAGUCAUAUGACCUGUUAUGGCGGUGGCGAGUGGAAAUAGGCGUUUAUAGGUUACAUCUCGCUCUAAAACAGUAACGACUCACUCUGAGUGUUAAAAAACAAUCAUAAUAGUUUUAUUAUACUACACGAAGCUCUCUGCCGCAGUCUGGAGCGUAAAGCUCAGGUUUCUGUUCAGAACUGCGAGUCGAAGCUGUGGAAAUGGGUCUGGAUCCUGUCUCUGUGAAUAUAGAUCAGCAGCUACUUCAUUUUAUGGAUCAGCUCGAGAUUCUGGAGGAGAAAAGACAAAAACUAAACUCACUCAUAGAAGAGGGAUGGUUUAACAUAUCCAAGGCACGUUACUCAAUGGGGAACAAGCAGGUCUCGUCUCUACAGUAUGCAAACGAGAUGGAACCGCUCGUCUGUGUUCAUUCCAGCCUUUCAGAAAAGGGUGAUGUGGAGUUUAAGUGUGAACAAACAGAGCUCAAACCGGAAGACCUGAAAGCGAGUGGAACAGUAGAGAACAUAGGACCAACGGAGGGAGGCCUUAGGAGGAGAAUGAAUGUCAAACAGAAAGAAACUAAGGAAGAGGACACUUCCAAGGGGCAAUGUGAAACACAACCUCAGGGUAGUGUAAAGAGUGAGAAAUCCCUCAGUCAGCAUCAAGAUCCACUGAAAUGGUUUGGAAUUCUUGUGCCACAGAAUCUUAAGCAAGCUCAGGCUGCUUUUAAAGAAGUCAUCACUCUGUCAGCAGAGAUUGCAACCCUGCAGAGUGCGAUUCUGGCCACCAGAAUGGAGAUGCAGGCUCAGAUAAAAGAGAAACACAAGAUUUGCCAAGAACUGAUGGAAUAAUAGAUGACAUAAUUAUUGUACCUUUUUUCCUUUAUUGGAUAAAUUAUUUAUUUCUAUGAUUUUCUACCAGUCCCUUUUAUGCACCAAAAUUAGACUGUAAAUCUGGAAUAAACAAUGAUGUAUAAAUCUCUUUUGAAAUCAAGUAGUAAAAUAUUGUUCUGUUAUCAGUUACAUAGGGUAUUUGUGGUUUAUGUAUUCCUAAUAAACAGUAUAAUUUAG